AUGUCGGCUCUGAAGCCCCUCCAGUACGUCGCGACCAGGCCGAGGUCAUCGAUCAACAAGCGGACAUCGUCGAUGCCCACGAGGAGGAAUUACGGGCCUCAGUUGCAGGGCGUUAUGACGGUCGUCGGGCGAUCGGCGUUGUCGAAAGAGUUGAUGGCUUCCUACAAGCACACGAAACGGCUCGGACCCUAUCUCCUCGGCCCGACCAUCGGCGAGGGAAGCUUCACGAAAGUGAAAGAGGCGAUGCACGUUCUCGUUGGCGAAAAGGUUUGGCUCUUCGCGAUUGGUGACGAGGACAACCGAUUGGAAUAUCUGGACCCUGUAACACAUCAGAUCAAAGGAUACAAUGCCGACAUCAUCGAUGCAGUUUGUGAAAUAGCCAACAAGAACUGUGAGUUGGUAUGGGAUUUGUACAGUAACUGUUGGUACAGCCGAUCAAACGAGAGAGCCCACGGCGGAGUCGGUCUGAUGGCCAAAUGGUACACCGCAUGCACAGGAUGGGUCCAAACCUAUGAUCGUCUUCUAACCUUCGACUUCACACGACCAUUCUCCCAGAAGGGGAAGGUCGCCCUCUACGCCCAAAGUGGAAGCAGUCAGGAUUACUCUGAUCUUUCAGGACUCAAAGUUGGUUUCCUAGAAAUGUGGUUCUCUGAUGAGGCUUGUCUGUCUCGUUUCACCACCGAUUCGUCCUUCCCCAUCGUGGGAGCAGAUCUGCCAUCCGAUAGCCAAAAGAUCACCUACGUUACCGCGAAAGACCUGAUCGCCGCCGUGCAGAAUGGAGAUGUCGACGUCGCAUUCAGUGCCCGACUUCCCCAACUUGACGCUGCCCUGGAAACUAUUUCUCCCGCGGACUUUCCGAAUAUCUGCGUAGCGGGUGGUGGAAGUAUGAUGACUUCAAAGGCUAACAAAGAAUUCGUAGUCGAGUUCGUUCGGUGUCAAAAUCUAAAGCUCGCUAAUGACAACCGGUGGGGGUGGCGACUGGUGGUGGUGGAGACUGGUGGUAGUGGAGACUGGUGGUGGUGGUGGUGGUAG